CCACCCACACAAUCGAGGGUGAAAACCCUAGAAGCGAAAUUCCUAGAAACAAGUGCAGUGCAUUUCGAUACUCUAUCACCAUUUGGCAACGACUGACCGACUCGACCAUCAACGCCGUCACCAUGCCGAGCCACAAGUCUUUCCGAACCAAGCAGAAGCUUGCCAAGGCCCAGAAGCAGAACCGCCCUGUGCCUCAGUGGAUUCGCCUCCGAACUGGCAACACCAUCCGCUACAACGCUAAGCGAAGGCACUGGCGCAAGACCCGCAUCGGUAUCUAAACCAAUGUUCCUCAACUGUUGUCCGCCCCCGAGCCCAGCACCCGACUUUUCUCUCUUGGGCAUGGUAUCACGAUGAUUGAUGUGAACGGAAAAGGGGAGGAAUGAUCUUGUUAUGGCGCGAACUGAACUACGGGGCCGUGUCUGCACUGCGCGUGCACACGGGGGCGAUGGGCAGGUUGCCUGGUUUAUCCAUUAUUGCGGUUACUGCAUGUCACGGACGGUCAUAGGGAAAAAGGAAUGCAAAGACUUUGAUGCCCCAAAAAAGAAAACGGGCCUGAACUACAUGGAUGCAGUCCACCUCGCCUGUGAACGACGACAACGCAAAUGUUUGCUCUUGUGUGCUGUCUUUUUGAGCAGCAGACUGUAUGCUGUUAUGCAAGUCUUCAAGUAGUCAAAUUAACAAAUCACGCCCCAAACUUCACUUUCAC